AAUGUGAAGGAUGAUGAAGGGCACACACCCCUCCAUUUCUGCUGUAAGUCAGGUCAUCUGGUCACACUUCACUACCUACUAGAUCACCAGGCUUUACCACCCGAAGCUAACAUCUAUGGAGACACACCCCUGCAUUUUUAAGCCCCCCCCCCCCCCUUUCCCAGUAUAAUAUAUUUUUUUGUACUAAUUAUCAUUGAAAACUCUAAUCGUCACCUGCUCGUCGUUGCCAAGCACCAUAUUGCAUUGUUCUGAGUGUAGACCAAACUUUUUUCCUCCAUUUGUAAGUGAAACCAAUGAAGCUUCUGAUACUUUUCUUCCUCUCACUGGUUAUAUUUCAUUGAACAUAACUUGAAACCACCCGUAACAUUUGAACAACCAUAUGAUGCAGCUCCAAUCCACAAUAAAUAUGAGAUAAGCACUCGUUAUCCACUGAAUAAGGGAUAUGAUUAUGUGCUCAUGUACUAUAGUGUCUGCAGACAUUAAAUUCAUGCAUUCUCCAUCUUUGAAAAUUCUAAGAUCACUCUCUAAUUCUACACGGUCGCCUGUAUGGCUGACAAAAUAGUCCCCCACUUAAUAAUUUAUUACUGGUAUUAAGAGUUAAGUUUUACUCUUGUGAUCAACAGUCACUAAAUGUCAUUGUGCCACAGUAAGCCUUUACACUAAGUUUGUGGCCUGUAAUUAGUAUUUUGCGGAAGAAAAAAGCCCUACGUUUUUCUGUUUUGGGUUCAGUGUUGUGAAAACUCAACUGCUUCUCACAAAGGGGAUAUCACUGAAGCAUAGCGGUCCCUGGCAGGAUUUGUAAAAUUUAUUUGGUUGAAUUUAUUUCCUGCAGAGCAUGUUACAAUGGGAAACUAGAAAUUGCCAAACAACUGAUGUCUCAAACUGGGCAAGAGAGCCUGACCAUGGAGAAUAUAUUCAGUGAAACACCUUUCCACAGGUGAGUAAAUCUUGGACAGCCCAAAUGUAUUUUGAAAAAAUUGAAAAAAAAUUUUAAAAAGUUUGCUGGAAGUUUUAUUACAAAGGCUUUAUCAUUAAAAUGGCUUUUAACAAAAAAUCUUUUUUUCAAGGUAAUUAAUUUUUCAGUGAUGAAUAUCUCUAAGAAGAACAGAUCUCUAGAUUCAAACUUAUAACGGCGUCAUUUUCAGAUGUGCACAACCUGGUCCAAUGUGUGUCAUGAAAUCUAGGAUUUAAUUUUACUUCUUUUUUGUGCUGUGUGCUAGUUUUUUGUUUUUUUUUAAAGUAGGGCUCCGCAACCGAAAAAAAUAAUUUGUGUCACUAUUUUAGAGUGAUAAAUAUUUGUUUAUCUUAUUCCCCAUGUACACACAGGUUGUGUACACAGGGGAAUUUACCCAAUGCCUUCAAUCUCUUCCUCUCCCCCUUCACUCAGCGCCUGCACAUAUGGCAAGAACCUGGAGCUGGUGAAGUUUCUCCUUGAGCAGCCGUCCAUAGAUAUCAACUACCAGGGCAAGGAUGGUCACACGGCCCUGCACAGUGCCUGCUACCAUGGCCACAUACGGUGUGUGCAGUUCCUGCUGGAGAAUAGGGCUGACAUGAACCUGGUGGCGGCCAGCAGUGACCAGAGUGGAGACAGCGAGAAGAGAGAGGAGCAGACUGCUCUGAUGUGGGCUUAUGAGAGAGGUGGGUUGUGUUGGCUUAUGAGAGAUGUGGGUUGUGUGGGCUUAUGAGAGAGGUGGGUUGUGUGGGCUUAUGAGGGAGGUGGGUUGUGGUGGGCUUAUGAGAGAGGUGGGUUGUGUGGGCUUAUGAGAGAGGUGGGCUGUGUGGCCUUAUGAGAGAGAUGGGUUGUUUAUUGCAUGCCAGCGUGCUGUGAUUGAAGUUGUGAUUUUGAGGACACAGUGGGUUUCCCUAUCAUUUAAGGAAAUGUUAAUAAUUAGAAGAAUGACUAUUUGUUUCACAUGUUGUGUCCAAAUAUCGUUUUUAAUGAAUCCACUGAAUUGUAAGAAAAUUAUUUUUUUAGAAUGCAUAUUUGGUUAACAUAUUUAUAUUUUGAACAGUAACAACUCUUUAUUUUCAGUUUAACUGGAACUUAAUUUCUUUCCCCUCAAUGACCAGGUUACAUAUUGCUUGAAUUGUAAGGGCUAACUAUAGACGUACUUCAUUAUUUCAGGAUUUGACUCCAUUGUUACUCUGCUAAAACACUACAAGAGGCCCAGCGAUGAAUCAGCUUGUGGUGACUACUCCCAGCCUGGCAGCUUGGACGGGUCUUACGUUGCCGUGCCGUCACCGCUGGGCAAGCUGCGCAGCAUGACGAAGGAGAAGAUUGAUGUGCUCCAGUUGAGGGCCACAUUAUCCCACCAGUUCCACCUGCAGAUCACGGAUCUAGAGUUCCAGGAAACAAUAGGUUCUGGUUCAUUUGGGAAAGUCUAUAAAGGGAAGUGUAAAGGCAGGACGGUGGCCAUUAAAAGGUGGGCAAGAGCUUGCAUCGACUUGAAUGGUUUAUUCAAGGGUGAUAAAUCAACUGGUUGACUCGUAUCCUGGAUUAGGGUAGUGGGUUGAAGUAUUUAUUUGUUUAAAACAAGCAAGUGUGUGGAAAUUCUAACAUCUAUUUUACCUUGUAAAAGUAUUAUUAAUAGACAUGAUUAACUUAAUUCAUAUAUUUAGUAAUUAAUUUUAUUAUAGUUUUAUAUACAUAGCUUUUUUCACACUUAUAUUUUAUUAUAUGGAAGUUGUCAAUAUGGAAGUUUUCAUAACGGCAGACAUUGUUUAAAUUAUCAAAUUUCUUACUUUUCAUUGAAAGCAGAGUUGAAAUAAGUUACUGAAUAAAGUUAAAGGAUUUCUUAUAUGAUAUAAUACAUUGUUUCAUCAGUUAUCGUUUUUUUUAAAAAUCCUCUUUUUUUAAAAAAAAAUUUAGGUACAGAGCCAGCUCUUUUGGGGCAAAGUCAGAUGUGGACAUGUUCUGUAGAGAAGUGGCUAUUUUAGCAAAGCUCAACAGUCCUUACGUCAUCAAUUUUAUUGGUGCCUGUCUGGAUGAUCCUAGUGUAAGAUUUACUUGACCUAGUUAAGAAGUACAUUUAUUCAGAAAUUGUAUGACAUGCGGUAAAUGGUUUUUUAAUCUGGUGCUGUAAGCAAAUUCUUUCCUUUUAUAUCAUUCAAUUUUUUUGGAAUAUCUUUUUUUUUUCUAUUGGUAUAUCAUAUAAUAGUUACGUGAAAAUAUUCAGGUGUUGCAGCACAAGUAUUUAACCACAAAUAGAAUGAACAAUCCUUGUGCCUCAGAGCUAUUAUUUUGUGUUCUUCUUCCAGCAAUUUGCCAUAGUUACCCACUAUGUGUCUGGAGGGUCCUUGUUUAGUUUGUUACAUGAGCAGAAGAGGUAAGUGUGAGAAGCUUUUGGCUAGGGUCAAAUUGGAUCUACAAAUAAAAUGAAGAUUUUCAUACAGGGGAAGAGGUACAAUGAAAUGGAUAAUUUUUUUUAAUGAAUUCAUGGUAACUGUGUCUGUAAAUGAAAUAAGAUUAGAACUGAAUAAAAAAAACAAUAACAUCUUUAAAUCCUUUGACACUAACUAAAAAUACAGAAUAGUUUAUAUAGUUAAUAUCUAUCAUUUAAAUAUAUAAAGAUACAUUUCAAGUUUUAUUUAGAGACUUUAAGGCAUCAUGCAUAAUAGAUCACUCAGACCAUAAAAUAUGAUAACUAGAUGUGUCUCUCUCAUAAUUAAAAGAGAAUCUGUACAUUUCUUAAAAGAGUAUCUGUACAUUUCUUAGAUGAGUAUCUGUACAUUUCUUAGUAGAGUAUCUCUACAUUUCUUAGAAGAGUAUCUCUACAUUUCUUAGAAGAGUAUCUUUACAUUUCUUAGUAGAGUAUCUGUACAUUUCUUAGUAGAGUAUCUCUACAUUUCUUAGAAAGAGUAUCUGUUCAAUUCUUAGAACUCCUAUUCAACUCCUGUCCCAAUUCAAAUCGGAAAUGAUUUUUAUUCCAGGCUAAUUGACAUCCAGUCCAAGUUAACCAUAGCCCUUGAUGUGGCUAAAGGAAUGGAAUAUUUGCACAACAUGCCUCUACCAAUUAUACAUAGAGAUUUAAACAGUCACAACAUCCUACUGGAAGAAAAUGGACAUGCAGUUGUGGCUGACUUUGGGGGUAAAUUAUUUGAUAACAACAUGAGCUCUUUUGAAAUAAAAUAAAACAUAAAAUUCCAUUGCAAUUUUUUUAUGUAAUGCCUUAUCAUUUUAUUCAUUUAAUUGGUUAGACUAAUUAUUUUUGUAAUGAGCUUUAAAUUGAACGAACAACCGAAUUCCUGUCAGAAAAACUUGUUAUGAGCUAAUUGAGAUUUGAAAAGAUAAGAACAUUUUAAUGUGAUAGUUAUUUAGGUUAUUAUUUGUCAGUCGAUAGUGCAGGCUAUUAAUUAGCAUUCUUUUAUUUUGGAAUCCAGAGUCCAGGUUCUUGAGAUCCGCUGAUGAAGACAACAUGACCAAACAGCCUGGGGUAAAUAUAUAUAAAUGUGACAGAUUCAUGCAUAAUAAAUUAAUUUUUUUUUAAAAACACAAACCAUUCUUAAGAGAAUUUUUAAAACUAAUUAUCAUAUUUAAACUGUAGCAUAUAAAAUAGUUCACAUUUGUCUGGUCAGAACUUGAGGUGGAUGGCCCCAGAAAUCUUCACCCAGUGCACCAAGUACAGUGUCAAGGCCGACAUGUUCAGCUACUCUCUGGUGCUGUGGGAACUGCUUGCUGGUGAACUGCCCUUUGCACAUCUUAAACCAGGUGUGUAGUAAGAUAGAUAAAGGAAAAAAAAUGUUGAUUUUUUUCUUCAAUGACUAUUAUCUGUUUCAAACAGCCAUGAAUUAAAUGCACAUAAGUACUCCUGCAUGCUUGCUGAAGUUUUCUAAUUAAGUUAUUAGAUGAAGACUGGACACUUCUAAAGCUGAGGUAGAUUAAAAGACAACCCCAACAGGGUGAAGCUUUCUUUGCUUCCCUAUUCACAUUGCACAGAUUUAAUUUUCUAAAUGUUUGCUCUGAGUUAAAGUUGCUGUUUUUUUCCUCUACUAUUUAACACCUGAAUACAAUGGAGAAGCUUUAGUUUAAUAUUUGUAUUUAUUACUCCAAAGACUCUGAAAAUCUGACAUUUUAAAAACUUGCACCUUACAGCGGCAGCAGCAGCGGAGACUGCCUACCAUAACACAAGACCUCCAAUAGCCAUCACCUUCCCAAAGCCUAUUGUUACACUGCUACAGAAAGGCUGGCAUUCUAAUCCAGAUGUAAGUAUUGUCUCUCUGGACCUUGUCUCUUUGAUAGAAGCCAGCUGUGUGAUGUUAUACCUUGUCUCUUUGAUAGAAGCCAGCUGUGUGAUGUUAUACAUGUCUCUUUGUUAGAAUCCAACUGUGUGAUGAUAUAUUAUUUUUUAGAUUCAAAUUUUGUUGCUAACAAAAAGGGAUAUAAUAUUUUAAAGUGGUUCAUAAAGGUUAUGAUAUUUAAAAUCUUCAUCUGUUGCUACCUGUAUAGACAGUCAACCCUGACCUUCGACUUUUUGUCCUAUGAAGUACAGCUUUAUGUUUCAAUACUAGCUAAUCAAUAACAUUAUAAACUCACUGUUUUUCCAAUUUCCAAAUUAUGUCUUUUUGAAAUACUGUAUUAUUUUUCUCAUUUCCAUUACAACUUUGUAAAAAAAAAAAUAUAUUAAAUUGCCCACUUAUGUAUUUAUAAAAAUAUUUUUUAAGUUGUGGUCCUUCAAACAAUGCUGUCUUACUUUGCAGGAGAGGCCAGAAUUCCGUGAGAUCAUUCCAAACCUGGAAGAGUGCAAGAGGAGCCAGGCCGUGGCCAUGCUGAGCAACGUGGAGACCCCAACAGCCUCUUUGCCAUCGUCACUGCCCAUGGUCACCACACAGGACUCUGACGGGGAGGGGAGGGACACCCCACCCAUGCCCGGCCACGUCUCAGCGCUGAGGAACCACUGGGAGAUGGAGGCCUCAAGAAACAGGUUCAGCCUUAUCCAUUUAAAUCUUUGUACCACAUCUCACAAAAACAGGUUCAGCCUUAUCCAGUUAAAUCUUUGUACCACACCUCACAAAAACAGGUUCAGCCUUAUCCAGUUAAAUCUUUGUACCACACCUCACAAAAACAGGUUCAGCCUUAUCCAGUUAAAUCUUUGUACCACACCUCACAAAAACAGGUUCAGCCUUAUCCAUUUAAAUUUUUGUACCACACCUCACAAAAACAGGUUCAGCCUUAUCCAGUUAAAUCUUUGUACCGCACCUCACAAAAACAGGUUCAGCCUUAUCCAGUUAAAUCUUUGUACCACACCUCACAAAAACAGGUUCAGCCUUAUCCAGUUAAAUCUUUGUACCACACCUCACAAAAAAUUUUUUUUUACGAGACUGGAAAAUACAGACAAAGUGAUUUGUAAGAUGACUGGAAGAAUGCAAUAGGUCAUUUGGGGAGUGGCAGAUAGAAUCAUAUUAAUAGCAAAUUUGGUAUCUAAAAUUUCAUCUAUUCUCAGAUAAGCCACAGGGAGACUCUUUACCUUGGCCCUGUUAUCGUAUCUGCUGCACACUGUUUUAUGCAAUAAAAACUUGUAGAAAAAAAAUCUCUCUCAGUCAUUCCAACAUUUUUUUGUUAACUUUAAAAGCAAUUUCAGGCACAGAGGGCUUCAAGUUUUCAAUCUUUCAUAGUUACAUUUUCUCAUGUCAAUAAAUGGGUCAAUCCAAAAUCACAAAUAUUGCACUGUUAACAAAAAUUGUUGCUGACAAAAUGUUUUUUAAAAAUUACCAGGGCUGCAAAAUAUUCAUAAUAACCUCCCCUUGUGACAGCAAGGCCAUGAAGCACAUGAUGAAAGAAUUAGGACUGAUGAUGUUACCUUACUCUAUACCUUUUCAUCUAAGUAUUCUUGUGAAGAUUUGUGACGUGAUCUUCAUAUAUACAAGCUUUUCUGAAUUUCAUCACUUUUCAGAUGAACUGAACGGUUGAAAACUGUUAUCUAUAGCUUUAAUAUAGGGUAGUUAUUUUAAGAGUUCCUUUGCUCCACAUUUUAAGUUGACCUAUCUUUCAAGCCUGUGUGUAUUAUUUCAGUGGAGUUGGGGGCAAUGAUGAGAAGCGCAGAUAUCCCUACCCACAGCUGGACAAAAAUGGUGAGAUAGCAGAUGUCGUAAAAUAUUUGAAAAUACGCAUGUCCCUUUUAUGUUCCUGUUAUAUGGUAUUGGGAAUUAGUUUUCAUUUUCGCUCAUAAAAGAUUUAAUGAUCUUACAAACUGGCUGUUGUGUUCCUCCAGGUUACGUCUCAGACCCACUGUCCACACUGAGAAUCUCA